AUGAGUUUUGGUGAAUCUCCCUCAGAUAUCAUAAUUGUGGUAGCUUUUUGCCGCGAAUUAUACCGAAAAUGUCGAGCAGCAGGUGGUGAAUAUGACGAAACAAGUCGAGAAGUUCGUGGUUUGUAUACCGUUUUUAAACAUUUAAAAUCAGAAGUCAAAGAUGGGAAUUCUCCACUCAGUAGGAACUGGAGUAUAUGGGAUGCCCUAAGAGCAUAUAUACGGCAAAUGGAGCACGAUGGCCUACUUGCCGGAAAACCACCUACACCUCAAAUCCCCAGUCCAGUGAGCCCCCAUCCUGAACGUUGGAUUAAUUUAACACGUUCCGAAUCAUCUCAUGCACAGCCAGUUUCUUUCAAUUCUAUUGGUAAUGAUGACCGGGGGACGAGAGAAAUGAAACAGCGAGAGGAAAAUGUGAAACUCCCAACAUCAAUAAAAUUGGAAAGAUUAAAGCCAGAGCCUCAUUUGGAUUCAUGGUUCGAAGGACAAUCGGAGCGACAACCUACUUCUAUUCGUCGUCAAUUAUCUCCACGCUUAACUCACAGAACCUCAGCCGCACAACUUACAAAGCCAGAAUGGCAAUUGGAUACAUGCGGCUCAGAAUCUGACACGUCAUCUAUACAUCGACAUCAGACGAAAUCUCCACCCAAUAUAAUUCAAACAAGUGACCUGUCCCUCUCUCCCGUCCUCGCAACCCCACAACUUCUUCCUCCACCAUCUCCAUCAACUCAUCACUCACAGUCUCACCCCAACGAAGCAACACGAUCUAUGGCUCCUAGACCAAACCGAAGCUCCGACAGGGCAACAUCAAAACGCACACGUCGCGUACGAUUUGAUCUUUCAGAAAGUCAACCAUCACCUAAAAUGAAUACACCUGUCAAUGAAACUAGUCCGAGACAUGAUUCCACAACACCUGUGGCGACACUUGGCUCUGAUUCAUAUGGAAAUGAGAUUUCGCCUGGUGUGAUAUGGACAAAGGUUAAGAGAUAUUUUAUAUCGCCUGAAGUUUUGAAUCAAGAUGGAAGACGAUAUGUAGUUCGUCCAGACUUUGUGGCAAUAUAUGGUGCUCUUACCAAAGAAGAACUUCAAAACUAUGCUUCCCGCUCCUAUGCCUUGAGAGAAGAACGCUGGCGUAAACAUCAUCAAGCAGCAAUGGGUCCUAAAGAAGCAUCUUCAAAGGAGAAGCUUCCGGGAGCGAGACGAAGAAGAAACUCAUCAUCCUCUGAGAGUUCAUCCGGUGAAAAUAGUACCUCGGCCUCAGACUCAGACUCAGACUCAGGCUGGAAUUCAGACUCAGAGUCAGAGUCAGAUUCGAACUCCAACUCCGAAUCCGAUUCCAACUCCGACUCAAAUUCAGACUCGGACUCGGAUGAUGAUAGCCACAAAAAGAAGGGAAAAGGUAAAGAGGAAAAAGGAAGCAAUGUGAAGAAUAGAGAAGACCGACGUGAAAGAGGAGAAAGAGGAGAUGGAGAUGCCAGAGCAGAACGACGAGAAUCAAUCCCAGCCUUUCUCAACCUUGCCAAACACAUAUCAAUCUUCUCCACGAAAUGA